UCUGAAGCUCCAAAAGGAAUAUUCCUCAAUAUUUUUCUUGAUCUGGAGAUGCAGCUGUGAAAAUGGACCAUCAAAGUGGGAGAUGUUGACUACGAUGUCAACCUAACAGGGAUCUAUCAACGCAGAAAAAAGUCAUGAUGAGUAUUUUGAAGGCAGAUAGAGUUUAUUCUUGGUGGAUUAUUUUGGCUGUGGCAAGUACUUCAGUGUCACUGUGCCAUGGUGGAUGCUCUGAGGUGGAAUCGCCGACUGAAGCUGUGGCGGGCAAGGGCUUCCAGAUGAGCUGCAUCUCUUGUAAAAAAAGAGAGGAGGUUUCUGCACAUGCAGUCGUGAACUGGUACUUUAAACCCCGACAGGAGGACGAAUUCACACGUGUCUUCCAUUAUGACUUCCCUGAGUCUGACAUUCUUAGUAAGGAUUUUAUGGACCGUUUGGAGUGGCGUGGAACCCAGGACAAAGAUGUACAGACAGCAAGUAUUUAUAUAAGCAAUGUUAGUUUCAGCGAUGCAGGAACGUACCGCUGCACCUUCCUCAGGACCCUGUUUUUGCCCACGUUCAACCAGAACGUCAUGGUGGUGAAGACAGUGGAGCUCAGCGUGGUGGCAGAAGCCCAGAAGGAGCUGACUGCAGUGGUGUCUGAGAUCAUGAUGUACGUGCUGAUCGUGGUUCUGCAGCUGUGGCUCAUUGGGGUGAUGGUCUACUGUUACAAGAAGAUUUCGGAUGAGAAUGAAGCCCGGGAUGCACGUAAAGCUCGCAAGGCCCAGGCGGCACAACUGAUAGAAACGAAGGACAACUGUGAUGGUGUGCAGAUCGAGUAACAUCUCGAGAGCUUCAUAUGGAGCAAGAGCACCUUUAUCUUGAUAUGUGUAAGAUUCUAAUAAAUCGUUUGAACCGUUAGAGGGCUGAGGCAGUUUUCCAUCUUUCAAUUUUUCGGGUGAAUUUUAGAUCUGAAGCUUGAGUCCAUUGACCUGAUUUGAAGCAUGAAGGCACGAGUUAUUGCAUCAAUAUAUUAGUCUGUCUCACCCCUUCAUGUAAACCUGAAUU